CACAGCAGCGCAACCAUGCCGCCGCUCCGUCGCCUCCGCCUCUCCUCCAUGGCAGAUCCGCCGCCGCUGCAACUGGAUCUCGGCGAGCACCGUCGACUGGAAGCCGCUGGAGCUGCUGCUGCUUCGCCGGGAGUCGAGCUGUCGCCGCCUGGAGCUGCUGCUGCUCGCCCGGAGUCGCCGCUGAAAGUCAGCCGCACGCCGCCGCCUUGGGUGUUCACGGCCAUCGCCUGGCCGUGGAAGAGCACGGCCGCCGCCGUUCGUCGUCGGAUUCGCUGUGAGGAGCCGAGCACCGUCUCACAAAGAUCGGAGACAACGGCAGGUUCACCGCCGCCGCUCCGUCGCCGGCGACGAGCCACCGCGGCUGCCGCCUCCCUCUGAUUUCGACUCACACACACAGUAGGUUCAAGCCACAAUUUCAGUCAUAGCAUAGAUGAUUUGAGCAAAAUUCAUACAUAGUCAGGAAAUAAUUAUCUCUAUAUGUCCAUGUAAAAAGUCAAGAUCUUUAAUUGUUCUUCAAUUAAUCACACUGCAUAUAAACACCUCACUUGCAAAUUCAGCCUUUCGAACAUCAAUGUUAAAACGAGUUUAUACACAAGUUGUAUGCACAUAAAGAGGAAUAUGAGCAGUUGUAUGCGUUGGUGGUUCUUUUGGAGUUAUGAACUUGAUACAAGAAAUGGAGUAUUUCGAUUUAGAAA